CCUGCGCUUCAUUCAUUCUCACCUCCCCACCACGACCAACACACGCCGCGCCAUGUCCCUCGACACCUCUCGCUACCCACUCGGCUUCAAAUCCACCGUCCCAGGCAGUACGGACGAUCUCGUCUCCCUCUCCCUCACGCACCACUCCUCCACCCCAGCCCCCAUCUUCGUCCUCACCCUCCUCUCCGCCCAAACCCCGGAUAAUCGUCUCACUCCUCAAUUCCUCACCGCCCUCCACUCCGCGCUCAAACACGUAGAAGAGGUGUGGGACAAUGUACUGUCCAGCACGCCGCACGGGGCAGGGCUGGUGAUCACCGGCACCCUGCAGGGGAAGACGGCAAAGUUUUUCAGCAACGGCCUAGACUUCGAGAGCGCGAUUGGGGACCCCGAGUUCUUUGACCGGUACCUCUUCCCAGUGUACGAGAGCUUGCUCACUUUCCCCGUGCCCGUCGUGGCGAGUAUUGGCGGGCACGCCUUUGCUGCGGGCUUCGGGCUGGCAGCCGCGUGUGACGGGGCGGUCAUGGGCAAGAAGGGGUAUCUUUGCAUGAACGAGAUCGACUUUGGUGCCCAAAUCCCCCCAGGUCUCUGGGCUCCCCUCUCCACCCGUAUCCACCUCCCGCAGCACAAGGCCCGCGUCGUACUACAGGGCGAGCGCUUCCCCGGAGCUGAAGCACUUAAGGCUGGGUUUGUCGACGUCCACCUGCCGGACGCCGAGCCUAACGACGUUUUAGCGAAGAGCGUGGAGAUGGCGGCGAGCUGGGCGCAUAAGAGUAAGGCCGGGGUGUGGGGGAUGAAUAAGAGGGUCAUACAUGCACAACAGCUCGAGGUGCUCAGACAGCCGUACGGGGAAACGAUUGCCAAGCUGUAAUCGCGGGCGUGCUAAUGCUAAUAAUAUCAGGUUGACACGG